AUGACGGUGCCCUGUCUGGGUGGGGACAAGAGCGAUCUGCUGGCCGAGGGGGUCUUCCCUGAGGAGCUGACAUAUUUGGGGCAGGAACCAGCAUGGGUGGGAGGGUGCAGUUUCCUUCAGCCCCUGUCCCUGCCAUCCCCAGGGACCCCCAAGGGCGUGGACUUCACGACUGUGAGGGAUCUGCUGCUGUCGGUGGAGGGGGUGGAAGCCUUGCACAGCCUGCAUAUCUGGGCGCUGACCGUGGCCCAGCCCGUGCUGUCUGUCCACAUCGCUAUCGCUCAGAAUGCAGAUGCCCAGGCUGUGCUGAAGGCAGCCAGCGCCUGCCUGCAGGGGAAGUUCCAUUUCCACACCAUGACCAUCCAGAUCGAGGACUACUCUGAGGACAUGAAGGAGUGUCAGGCAUGCCAAGGCCCCUCGGACUGACUGCCUAGCAGGUGCCAGCUGGGGCAUGGAUAGGACCUGCAGGUGGCAGGGCUGAGUGUCCCCCAAGCCCAGCUAAGACUGCCUACCCUGGCUGUUAUAGACCAGGUCCCUCUCCUGACCUCUGCCCAUGUUCAGUGUGGAGGAGCCUUUCCCCACUCUGGGAAUGAGGCUCCUCCCCUGCCUCCCGACCCGACUACAGCCAGGCCCUGGCUGGAGACUCGGCAAGUGAAAAGCUUUCGUGACGCUGCUCCUCCAGCUCCUGGGGUGGCUCCCAGCAGGGCUCGGUUUGGGGUCCAAUCCUCAGCUAAUGCUGUCCUACCACCAGCCUCUGGACAGGCAAAAAGGCACAGUGACGGGGGACAGUGGGGAGACUGACUGCAGCGUCCCUUCGCUCACUUGCCUCAUUUCCCGUUUUCAGUCUGGCCUUUGCCUUAUGAAUCUGUGAAGAAGCCCUGAAACAGAGCUCUCCCUCUGCAUAUUA